AUGGCGCUCGAAUUACUGCAGAACUUGCCCCGUCCGACAAUUGAUCGGCCUUUUGGUAUUCACCUAUGGCCCAUCUUCGACAAGGCCUUCGAGGUCGUUGUGGGCUACCCAGCCAGUGAGUUCAAGUUUGUCGAGGGUGUGACGCCAAUGUCUACCUUCAAGGAGACGGCGAUUGCGCUUGUGGCCUACUACAUCAUCAUCUUCGGUGGUCGCGAGGUGAUGAAGAACCGCCCGGCUUUUAAGCUCAACGCACUGUUCAUGAUCCACAACUUCUACCUGACCGCGAUCAGCGCAACUCUACUCGCUCUCUUCAUUGAGCAACUCGUGCCUACGCUCUACAGACACGGUCUCUUCUUCACCAUUUGCGAUCACCAGGGUGGAUGGACCCAGCCCCUCAUCGUCUUGUACUAUCUCAACUAUCUGACCAAGUACCUCGAACUUCUCGAUACCGUCUUCCUGUUCCUCAAGAAGAAGCCCUUGACCUUCCUUCAUACCUACCACCAUGGUGCCACCGCCCUCCUGUGCUACACUCAGCUUAUCGGUUUGACUGCUGUCCAGUGGGUUGUCAUUGAUAUCAACCUGCUCGUUCACGUUGUUAUGUACUGGUACUACUUCCAGAGUGCUCGUGGCAUUCGCAUCUGGUGGAAGGAGUGGAUCACCCGUCUCCAGAUUAUCCAGUUCGUCAUUGAUCUUGGCUUUGUUUACUUCGCUUCUUACACCUACUUCUCCUCUACCUACUUCCCCUGGGCUCCCAACAUGGGCAAGUGUGCCGGAGAGGAGUUUGCGGCUCUCUCGGGCAUUGCUAUCAUCAGCUCUUACCUCUUCCUCUUCAUCUCCUUCUACAUUGCCACCUACAAGAAGACCGCCAAAACUGGUCGCCCUCGUCGCAACACUGGAAAGCAGUCCUUGGUUGACAUGAAGAACUUUGAGGUCCCCUCCGUCUCUCCUGCUACCAAUGGCAGCGCCACGACAAACGGAGCGGCAGUGUCGAGUGGCCGGUCUAAUGGCCCCGUCACUCGUUCUCGCAAGGCUUAG